AUGCGAUGGCUUCAACACAACACUUACACUCUCUAUCAAUCGGGGAACAAUCAGAAGCGAGCUGCUCUGUUCAAACACAUCGACUGCUUUCGAUUCCAGCGUUAUUUCUCAUAUCCCGACCUGUCCUCUCCUUUGGCUCCUCCCACUCACCCAAGAGAGGAUGUUAUGGCCACCGUGUGUAUGGGUGAGGGGGGUUGGGGGUUGUGUGGGGUGGGGCCGGGGGGGGGGGUGGUGGUGGGGGGGGGGGGGAUUUAG